UGAAAAUGAAAAACAACUCUUUUAUCCAAAAUCCAAAUAUUGGCACUACAGCAAAGAAACAAAACCAAAUGGCUUCUCUACUUGCUGCAAAAGAUUCAUCUCCAAUUGAAGAUGCUGAAGCUAUCAUGAGAGCAUGCAAAGGAUUCGGGACAGAUGAGACAAUGCUUGUAUCUAUACUAGCACACAGAAAUGAAGCUCAAAGGAAACUUGUGAGGUUGGCUUAUAAAGAAAUUUAUCAUCAGGAUCUUAUCGAACAAUUAAAAUCUGAACUUUCAGGAAACUUUGAGAGAGCCGUAUGCCAUUGGACAAUGGAUCCAGCUGAAAGAGACGCAACACUUAUUAAUGAGGCAUUAAAGAAGGCAACACCAGAUUACAAAGUAAUUAUUGAGAUUGUUUGCACAAGAAAUUCUGAAGAGCUUCUGGGUGUAAAGCGUUCUUAUCACUCUCUAUAUAAGCAUUGCCUUGAAGAAGAUGUUGCUUCCCAAACUAGUGGUGACAUUCGCAAAUUGUUGGUUGCAGUUAUAAGCACUUACAGGUAUGGUGGAGAUGAGUUUGAUGAGAAUGUGGCUCAUUCUGAAGCAAACAUACUUCAUCAAUUGGUUGAAAAGAAAGCUUUUAAUGAUGAUGAAAUGAUUAGAAUUUUAAGCACAAGAAGUAAGAAGCAGCUUUGUGCAACUUUCAACAUCUUUAAAGACUUAUAUGGCACAACAAUUACCAAGGGAUUAUCAGGUAGUCCAAUUGAUGAGUACAAUGGAGCAUUGCGUACUACUAUUCGUUGCAUCAACAACACUCAAAGAUAUUUGGCUAAGGUGUUAUGCCACGCCUUGAAUGAUUUGGUAAAUGAAGAAGAUGCUUUGAGUCGUGUUAUCAUCACUCGUGCAGAGAAGGAUUUAAAGGAAAUCAAAGACCUUUUUGUAAAGAGAAACAAUGCCACCAUUCAUGAUACUGUGGCUAGGAAGACAUGGGGAAAUUACAAGACUUUUCUCCUUGAAUUGUUAGGAGAUGAAUAAGUUCAACUUAUUCAUGUUGAGUUUAGCAGAACUUCACUAGAAUCAGUUUCCUAUCUCUUUAAAGUUGAGAAAAUAAAGAAUGAUUUUCAACAAAAAACAAAAACUAAUAUAGUGUUAUUUCAGCCAAUAAACUUGCUUAAUUCUGUAACCACAAUAAUGUAGCUUAUAUCUACCUAUAGCACAGUUAAUUCAUGCA